UACACUAUAGGCAUAUCGCCAGCUUCUCACAGCCAAUCGAGAGCAGUCUCGCGCGCUCUCACAUACUGGGAGUUUACCUGCCGCACACCUUAGAGCUAAGCCUCACCUGUCUGCUGCGGUAUUAUGUAGUCUCUAUAGUGAUACGUCACCUGUGGCAAGCUAUUUAUAGUAUCGCGCGGAGAACGCGAGCCUAGGUUUGUACAUACGCAAAAAAUGACCGAAGAAGAGACGUAAGAGUUUGAUUUGAAAAAGUUUAAUUAUUACGCUUUGGUGCUCUUCUGUCGGACUUAUCAUCUAAAAUGUGGACAAGGAUUUCCUUAUCUACCCUCAUCCUGUGGAUUCUGUCAUCGGAACAAUAUGUUGAGAGCACCUGCACACAACCGUCCUCGGAAUGGUCGGGAAACUGGUACGACAGUCAGUUUGAUGGCACGUUUGCUAUGACCUGGUCAGGUUCCGCGAUAACAGUAUCAGGCUGGUCAGUUACGGCAUACUCAUCCACAGUGACCAGCUGGACAUGUGUCCUCGAGGAUACCACCAACAAUUACAUCGUGUUCAAAGGUGACCAGACGGUGAAUUUGUUCGGAGCGCCACAGAACGCAUAUAUAUGUAUGGCAUGGACUUCAGUCAGUACUUAUUCAGCUAUAUAUUACCUACGGGCAAAUCAGGAGACAAAUGCGGGGAAUUUCCGUGUGUUUAUAGAGGACUCGGCAAUCACAAUGGGGGCAGCCAGCAAGUACUGUUCCCCAAGUAGUGGACCUUCGACAGCCGAAUACCAUGCCCUAGUCAAACAAAGUUAUAUCAGCAGUGUAGGCCAAUACUUCCCGACUCUCCUGCUAGGGACGUAUGAAUACACCGCUAAUGACGGGUCUAGUUCACUGUGCGGAACCGGAAGUGUAUGGGAUAACUGCGCUGACAGAACAAUUACUGCCUUCAACUACACACAGUGCUCGACAGUAAUGGCAUUUUCAAGUGGUGGUACUCUGUACAAUGUAUAUUCAGUAGUGAGCGGAUCGUAUACCUAUGUUACUCUGGUCAACGCAGACACCACGACUGACCAAUCAACUACCUACAGAUUUACAUGCUUGAUUUCUGAGGCUUCUGGAUCCAAUGUCCAAUUAAGCCUUGACCACGGUAGCUGUAGCACGUCGGGCACUCCGUCGACUGUCCCCUCUGGUGGAAUGACGGCAUUGCUGACACCUUAUGAACCAUGCCCAUUCACCACGACCAGUGCAACGACUACAUCGAUUACUACGAUAACGACAACAUCGGCAACUACAACAACUGGCGCAACCAGUGAGGAAACCAGCAGUGGUAGUAUUGGACUCUUUAUUGGAGCGGCCAUCGGUGGGUUGCUUUUCAUCCUCAUUAUAAUCGGAGUUAUCAUCAUCUGCCUUAAACUGAAGAAAAAGAAAAACGUUGUACAGGACGAGGAGAAGAAGCAGAUGCCUCCUCAAGUUCGUGUUUUUCGAAAAGACAUUUUUGAUAUUCGAAGAUUCCCAGGGAAAUAUUUACCGCCCAUUAACGGAGAAUGUGUUAUAGAGACGAUGUCCCCUAGAGAUGCCCUAGAGAUUGGUACUCCGGAUGCUGAUAACCGAUUAACUCCCUUACCAAUUCAUCCUGCCGCCCCGGAACCAGUAACACAACCAGACAAACAUCCACUUCCGCCAAUCACAAACAAUGGCUGAUUUCACUUCCAACAUUUAAAAGCAGACGUCUGUGAUACUUCUUUAUUUCUCAUUCACGCUGCCGUCAGUCGACCUGGGUCUGUGAUAACAUCUUGGCAUAUAUAUAUAUAUAUAUUGGAAGGUGAACUGACGGACGGUCAUUUCAAGCAUUGUGUUUACCAUAUAUAAUACUCUGUGUUUGAUGAGUGACCUUUUCUCAUAUACUUCAUAUACUAUAUCAUAUACAUCGUUAGGUGUGACUUUAUGGUCCAGGUAAUAUAUACGGCAAACUGUACAUUAACGUUGAGAAUGACUACCAAUUCCGUAAAUACUGUGAUAUCUAGAAAGUUAAGUUUAUGUGCUUAUGUAUAUUCCUACGUAUUCACUGUUUGGAAGAGAUGUAGAUGACAAUAUCCACAUACACUCGCUUGUCAUAUGUGAUUUCUUGGAUUUACUAAGGAUUUAAGGGUUCAUGCUUGAGUGUGGGCCACACAAAACAAUGUAUUCACAUCAAUAAAACAAUGAACUCGAACUCCUUAAGUUGCGAAAUAAGGUUAAAAAAACACAUUUCAGAAGUGGGCAGUGUUCAUCAACAUCAACUACUUUAUUUAUUAAACGUGUUGGUUCAACUCGUACUAAUCUCUAUUGGUGGCCAGGAUGGAAGUGCGCGCGGGAGGUAACCUCCUGAGAGCGGAAACCAUGGUAUCUACUCAACUGCACAUUGUCGAGCAGGUGACCUUUCUUCGUCCGAUCGGAGAAUCGAACUUCGGUCACCACGCCAUUUGGUUACUGACGUUGUUUCAUAUAUGUUCUGACAUAUGUUUGCCAUAUCAUUGCUGAUAAUUCUAGAUAUAGACGUGCUGUUUGAUCACCGGGUGACUUUUUGUGUGAUGUUAUUGUAUAUCCGUACACCUGCUAUUUAUCCAACAUGUUAUGAACAUGUCUUUCCUGUACAUUCCUCUAUGUAUGUAUACGUUACAUUCCAUGCCCGUAGGUGUAUAGGGGAUUGUUAACUACUUUUCAUUUGACGGAAAAUUCAAAUAACAAUAUACGAGAUAGAAUGCACAAUAGUAUAUUUGAUUUGAAAUAAGGCGGACGUCCCUGUUGUUGUGGUUACUUUGUGUCAAAGACUUUAAAACUAAUUCAUACCUCCUGUUUCUGUGAUACGUAAGGUUAUAUUACUAUUGUGAUAUUCUUUCACCUGUGAUAUGAAAUGUAAUUUAUUAUAUCAUGUCUGUUUUAAUAAACUUUGUUUGUUAUAUUUCCCUUAGCCACAAGUAUAUUGAUAUUAAUGAAUGGGAUAUAUGUCUAACAUGUAGGUAUUCAUUACACCUAGUUCACUUAGUCUCAAUAAUACCGGGACGGAUUUUUCUCCAAAUAAGAAACAUUGGAAAAUCACUUUAACGAUACAUUUCCAUAAAAAGGAAUAAUACUUCGAUAAAAAGAAGAAAAAAAUGUUUCGAAAAGACGGAAUAAUAUUUCGAUAACGCGAAAUAGGAUUCCGAACAAAAAAAAAUAAGUGUAAAGGAUUCAGUAAAUUGGCGCCUAAAACUUUCGCGCCGUUUUUAAUGCAUUAGCUUUUAAUCACGAAUUGUUGGUUUAUAAUGCUCAAAACGAAAUAAAAUCAUAGAUCUUUA